AAAAGCUACAUUAUUACCUUUUUCUGCUUCUGGCGCCAUUUGCAGAACUCCUUCAUUCAAACUUCUCCCUCUUCGACCCCAAAACCCACCCAUAAACAACCCUUCCCAAUGGAGGAAAAGGAGAGCACGGUAUCCGGGUCACUGGGCAACUCGGACACUGACUCGCCACCGGCGCCGUUGAGCAGCAUGGCGAUGCCACGUGUCAUGAACAUUAAUAUGAACAUGAGCAUGGAGAGAGCCAUUGAUGGUGCAGGUGCAUUUGCAGGGGUAGCAGGAACACCGGGAUCAGGAGUUGGGACUUUUGGGAGUGGCGGCACCGGCGGUGAAGGAGGUGUUGAUUCUUCUGGGAAAAAGAAGAGAGGUAGGCCGAGAAAGUAUGACGCGGAUGGGAACCUGAGGUUGCCUUACCAGAUAAUGACACCACUCCCUGGCUUCACUCUGUCUCCUUCUCCUCCAGAGCACUCCAAGAGGGGCAGAGGCCGCCCUUCCGGCUCCCUCAACCGGCAUCUUAUCGGUUCCCUAGGUGAGUUGUUUGCCAAUACUGCAGGAGGGAAUUUCACGCCGCUUGUGGUCACAGUUAAUACUGGGGAGGAUGUUGCAAGAAAAAUUCUUUCCCUUUCGCAGAAAGGUCCUCGAGGAAUUUGUGUUCUUUCUGCUAAUGGUGCAGUUUCUAAUGUCACCAUUCGCCAACCUGGAUCUUCUGGUGGUAUCUUGACCUAUGAGGGUCGAUUCGAGAUAUUGUCAUUGACAGGAUCAUUUACUGUCAGUGAAACUGGUGGUGGAAAAAGUAGAACUGGUGAUUUGAGUGUUUCAUUGGCUGGACCUGAUGGUCGUGUGAUUGGAGGUGGACUUGCUGGUAUAUUGGUGGCUGCUAGCCCUAUCCAAAUUGUGGUGGGAAGCUUUAUGCCAAAUGGAUAUAAAGUACAUAAAAGAAAACAUUACCGUGAACCCACCAAGAAUUCCACAGUCCUAGCUGCCCCGGAGACAGUAACAGCAGCACAACCAAUCUCACAAGUAAAACCUGACAGUAAGAGUGCCUAUAUUGCACCUACAUCUUCACAACUGGGACAAAGCCAUGGUGAACCAGAUUUUAAUACCAUUACAAAUGAUCAACAAUUACCAAACCCGAUGUCUUCCCAUAGUGCUGUUUGGAAUGGCUUGGAGCCAACAUUGAUUCAGAGACCAUCUCCUGAUAUUAAUAUGUCUGUGCCUAGUGAAUAGAAUGUCCAGGUCAAGGUUGUACUACCUCAGAGACUUGAAGGCUGACAUGAUAAGCCCACCGAGAAGUAAUUUUACAAACACUUAUUGUUUAACAAAUGUUAUGCUCUACAAUUCCUGUCUUAUAUCUAAAAAUCAAACUGGAAAUUCAUUACUUUCUUGACUUCCAGGUAGGAUGGCCGAUUUAUCUGACAUAUCUCCUCUUAGUUCAUUGCAUUAACCAACUCUGCUUUUGUGAGUACAAUGAUUAUGUUGUGUGACAAUCAUGUUUUAAAAGAUUAAAUACUAUCUGCUUUU